AUGGCUUCAGCAACGACCCGACAGGAUACCUUCCAUCCAUUUCCAAGAAUCCCCCUCGAGCUUCGUCUUGAUAUAUGGAGAUUAUCGUUCCCUGGACCCCGGUUGACCCGCAUCUUCUUUAUCGAGGGUCAUUUCAUGAGCAAUGCCACCAUUCCUACUGGCCUUCACGUCUGCAAAGAAUCACGAGAUGAGACUCUGAGAUUCUACAAGCUUUGCUUUGCUGCGGAACCUUCGAACGCCCGUAUAUACUUCAACGUUGACUGCGAUGUUCCACACCUUAAAGCUGAUCCUUUGGAUUCGUACUUUUAUGAAUUACACGAUGUAUAUACAGGUGGUAUGGACUUCCCUGCAAACAUAUCAUACCUGAGACUGUUUAGUAAAGCUCAUGCCGCGAUCAGAAACGAUAUGAAAGCUGUCUGCUUAGAAGGUUGUAGGCACGUUGCCCCUGAAUACGAAGGUCGUCCCAUGCGCUUGUUUGGGCCAAAUUGCCGGGUGUUUGACUUCCAUGGAAUUUACUUUGAUACGCCAAAUUUGUAUUACGGCGAGACUUCGCAAUUUGGCUUGCGCGAACGGAUUGAAGAAGUAUUUGGCACUUCGAAGUUCACACACAUUGAUAGCCAUCCAUCAUAUUUUCGUGAUUACUGGUCACCAGCCCCUUACUCUCUGCCAUUGGAUUCUUUUGGUCCCCUCAUUGAACAAGUUUGGGCCGCGGAAUUUUAUGGAUUCAAUGACAUUGUCUGGCAGUUUAUUGAACAGAAGGUCAACACGACUCGUGAGGAAUAA